AUGGUGGACCUCGCCGCGCUCGCGCGCCAGAUGAAGGCCAUCGGCCGGAAGGGCUCCGGGAAAGAUUAUUACGAGCAGCACGUGGCCGCAGGCAUCGCCAAGGGCGAGAGGCGCGCCGCGCGCGCCCCGGCGCCGGACGACCGUGUUUCAUUACCCGAUUGGCUCGUGAACUACGGCGUGCCGCUGCGGCCGGCGUCGGCGCCCGCGGCCCGGCGAACGGAUGGUCGACGCGUGCGCGACGCACCGGUCUACCACAAGACGGGCGCGCUGUAUGCCCAAUACGACGGCGGCGCCCUUCAGAGACCCCGCGUCGUCCACCAGGCGAGCGUGGCGUCGACGGCGACGCCCGCCGACAGCGUGGCGAAGUGGCCGGCGCGCUGGCGCCAGAAGGGCGGGCGGAACCUCCCGCUGCCGCCGUUUACGACGCCCUUCGCCGGUAAAGCGUUGCAAGGGAUGCUCGACGCCAAGGCGGCGAAGCACAAACGCGAUCAGAUAAAUUCGAAGUCGCAGCGGGUGCGAAAGCCGCCGAGAUUGAUGCACGAGGCGCUCGCGGUGUCCCUAUCGAAGCAUCAGGAACGGGAGUUCCGGCGGGAGUGGCGCCGCUGGGUCCACGAGGACUGCCGGUUCUUUGGGAGACCGGGCAGCGGCAUCUUCGGCGACGAAGCGUACCCGAUGCCUUUCGGCGCCGAUCGGGGCAUUUCGACGCCGCUGCGCUUAGAAACGGCGGCGGCGGAACGGUCCGACUACGAGUACAUCUGGCGCAACCGCGGCGGUUCAAAAAUCUGGAAGCGGAAAAAGGUGACGGCGGUGGCCUCGCCGUCCGCGUCUACGGCGUCGUCGGCCGCCUCGGUGGUUACCGCCACGCCGGACGCCGCCUGCGCGCCCGCGGCCGCCUGCGCACCGGCCCCGUCGCCGGCGCCCGCUCCGUCGCCGGCGCCGGCGCCCGCCCCAGCGGCUGCCCCGGGUCCCGGCCCGGCCCCAGCCCCGGCCGCCGCCCCGGCGCCCGCGGCCGCGGUCCCAGUGCCGUCUCGCCGCCGCGUCAGCGAAGACGCGCCGCCGCCGCGUCCAAGGUCCGCGCCUUCACGCCGCCGCGGCUCCUACUUCUGGGAGGGCCGCGACGAAGACGAGGAACGCAUCGACCGUCGGUCCCGGGACCUCAUCGAGCGGACGGGCAUCCGGUUCGGGGAGCCCGGCGGCCUCGCCGAGCCGAGCCUCGAAAGCGAGAGGGCGAUGCGCCACGAGCCGCCGCGCGUCCGAAAGGCGGCGGCGCGCGAGAUGGCCAAAUUUUUUAAACCGAAGCCGCAAAUGGCGGAGCGGCGGUCCCAGAAGACCAUGGUCUUCGACGCCGUUCUCCGGGACGCGCGGCGGCAGCGGCGCAAGGCGGGCUACUCGUCGGCGCGGCGGUGA